AUGACUUCCAUUGCCCCCGUCAUCGACAUCUCUGGCUACCUUGCCGGCGACAAGAGCCAAGUCCCCAAAAUCACCGCAGAGAUUGACCGUGCCUUUCGCACAACUGGCUUCUUCCAGCUCGUCGGCCAUGGCAUCUCCCAGUCGCAGAUUGACGGCAUGAUCAAGAAGACUGCCGAGUUCUUUGCCCUGCCUGACGAGACCAAGAGAAAGAUCCACGGCAAGAUGCGAGGCUACCAGUCUCCUGAGCUCCGUGAAUCGCUCUCGAACAGACCCAUCGUGGAGGGCAACCUCUGGCUGAAGGAAGAAGACGCUCCCGGCUUUAGAGAAACCAUGGAAGAGUACUUUGCCGCCAUGGAGAAGCUGGCUGUGAUCUUACUGCGACUCAUUGCGCUGGGUCUGGGUUUGGAGGAGACUUACUUUGACGAUUUCGCAAAGCAGCCAGAAGGUGCUGUCCUGUGUCGAUUCCAUCGAUACCACCCUACUCUGCCUGAAGAGGGCGACGACGUGGUGGGCUUGGAGGCCCAUGCGGACACGUCUGCUGUCACCAUUCUGUACCAGGACGGCAUUGGUGGACUGCAAGUCAAGAACGAAAAGACUGGCGAGUUUGAGACAAUUGAGCCCAUCCCCGAUGCGUUUGUCAUCAACCUGGGCAACAUGUUUGCCCGCUGGACCAACGACAAUUACCUCGCCGCCGAGCACCGAGUUCUGCUGCCCACAGACAAGUUCCGCUACAGCGCCGCGUACUUUAUGGCCGGCUGGCUGGAUCAGGUCAUUGAGUGUCUGCCGCAAGUUCUCAAGGCCGGAGAGGCUCCCAAGUACGAGACAUGCACGGUAGAGCAGCUGGUGACCAACUUUAGAAAGGAGAUUUACGACAUCCACACACCGGGCGCCACGGCAUAUGUUACCGUGGAGGAGUCGUAA